AUGUUUCUUCGGUUCUGCAAAUUUCGUUUCUUUCUUUUUCUCUUUUUUUUUAAACGAAAUUUGUUUUUUUUCUAUAUUGAGUAUUUCUUAUCUCUGUUCCUUUUAUAUUUUCCAUUUUUCUUUUUGUUCACUAUUUAUUUUUCAUUCCACUUUCGUUUUUUUCUUUCUUUCGUCCUAUUUUUCUCUUUAGCUUCCUUUAUUUUUUUUCCUUAUAUCUCUUCCGAUAUUUCAUUGAAUUUACCUUCUUUUUCUUUUACUCUGUGCCUGCUUUUCGUUUCAUUAAUACCACUAUUCUUUCUUUCACACUUUAUUUCUUUCAUCCAUGCUUUCUUUUAUUCUUUCUGUUCUUUCUUCCUGUUUUUCUUUCUUUCGGUUCUUUCUUUCUAUUCUUUAUUUCUUUGUUCUGUUCUUUCUUUCUUUCUUUCUUUCUUUCUAUCUGUUCUUCCUUUCUGUUUUUCUUUCUUUCGGUUCUUUCGUUCAAUUCUUUUUCUUUCUUUUUUCUUUUUUUUCUUUUCUUUUUCGGUUCUUUUCUUUCUUUCGGUUUUCUUUCUUUUCUUUCAGUUUCUUUUUUCUUUCAAUUUUUCUUUUUUUCUUUUUUUCGGUUUUCUUUCUUUCUUUUUCUUUCUUUUCUUUCUUCGGUUCUUUUCUUUCUUUCUUUCGGUUCUUUCGUUCAAUUCUUUCUUUUUUUUUUUCUUUCUUUUUUCUUUCUUUCUUUCUUUCUUCUUUCUUUUCUUUUCUUUUGUUCUUUUCUUUUCUUUCUUUCUUUCUUUUUUCUUUCUUUUUCUUUUUCUUUCUUUCUUUUCUUUUCUUUUUUUCUUUUCUUCUUUCAAUUUCUUUUCUUUCUUUCUUUUCUUUCGUUCAAUUCUUUCUUUUUUUCUUUUUUUCUUUCUUCUUUCUUUUUGGUUCUUUCUUUCUUUCGGUUUUUCGUUCAAUUUUUUCGGUUUUUUUUUUUCUUUUUCUUUUUUCUUUCUUUCGGUUCUUUCUUUCUUUCAGUUCUUUCGUUUUCUUUCUUUUUUUUUUUUUUCUUUCUUUCUUUCUUUUUUUUCUGUUGUUUCUUUCUUUCUUUUUUGUUUCGGUUCUUUUUCUUUUUCGGUUCAAUUCUUUUUUUUUUUUCUUUCUUUCUUUCUUUUUCUUUCGGUUCUUUCUUUCUUUCUUUCUUUCGUUCAAUUCUUUCUUUUUUCUUUUUUCUUUCUUUUUUCGGUUCUUUCUUUCUUUUCUUUCGUUCAAUUCUUUUCUUUUUUUUUUCUUUUUCUUUUUUUCUUUCUUUCUUUCUUUUGGUUUCUUUCUUUCUUUCUUUUCUUCUUUCUUUCUUUUCAAUUCUUUCUUUUUUUUCUUUUUCUUUCUUUUUUUACUUUUCUUUCUUUUCGGUUUUCUUUCUUUCGGUUCUUUCUUUCGGUUCUUUCGUUUCAAUUCUUUCUUUUUUUUUUUUUUUUUUUUUUUUUUUUCUUUGUUUCUUUCUUUCUUUUCUUUUUUUUCUUUGUUUCGGUUCUUUCUUUCAAUUCUUUCUUUCGGUUCUUUCUUUCUUUUCGGUUUUUUUCGUUCAUUUUUUCUUUUCUUUCUUUCUUUCUUUCUUUCUUUCGGUUCUUUCUUUCUUUCGGUUCUUUCGUUCAAUUCUUUCUUUUUUUUCUUUUCUUUCUUUCUUUCUUUCUUUCUUUCGGUUCUUUCUUUCUUUCGGUACUUUCGUUCAAUUCUUUCUUUCUUUCUUUUCUUUCUUUCUUUCUUUCUUUCUUUUGGUUCUUUCUUUCUUUCGGUUCUUUCGUUCAAUUCUUUCUUUUUUUUUUCUUUUUUUCUUUCUUUCUUUUUCUUUCUUUUUUCUUUCUUUCUUUCUUUCUUUUUCUUUUUUCUUUCUUUCUUUUUUUCUUUUUUUUUUUUUUUCUUUGUUUUUUCUUUUGUUUUCUUUGUUUCGGUUCUUUUCUUUCUUUCGGUUUUUCGUUCAAUUCUUUCUUUUUUUCUUUUCUUUCUUUCUUUCUUUCGGUUCUUUCUUUCUUUUGGUUCUUUCGUUCAAUUCUUUCUUUCUUUCUUUCGGUUCUUUCUUUCUUUCGGUACUUUCGUUCAAUUCUUUCUUUCUUUCUUUCUUUCGGUUCUUUCUUUCUUUCGGUUCUUUCGUUCCAAAUUCUUUCUUUUUUUUUUUUUUUUUUUUCUUUCUUUUUUUUUUCUGUUUUUCUUUUCUUUUCUUUCUUUUUUUUUGGUUCUUUCUUUCUUUCUUUUCUUUCAAUUUUUCUUUUUUCUUUUUCUUUCUUUCUUUCUUUCGUUCAAUUUCUUUUCUUUCUUUCUUUUUUUGGUUCUUUCUUUCAAUCUUUUUUCUUUCUUCGGUUUUUUCUUUCUUUCGGUUCUUUCGUUUCAAUUUUCUUUCUUUCUUUCUUUCUUUCUUUCUUUUUCGGUUCUUUCUUUCUUUCUGUUCUUUCAUUUCAAUUCUUUUUUUUUUUUUUUUCUUUUUUCUUUCUUUCUUUCUUUCUUUCUUUCUUUCUUUCUUUAUUUUCAAUUUUUUUUUCUUUCUUUUCGUUUUUCUUUUGGUUCUUUCUUUCUUUCGAUUCUUUCGUUCAAUUCUUUCUUUCUUUCUUUCUUUCUUUCUUUCGGUUCUUUCUUUCUUUCUGUUCUUUCAUUCAAUUCUUUCUUUUUUUCUUUUUUUUCUUUCUUUCUUUCUUUCUUUCUUUCUUUAUUUCGGUUCUUUCUUUCUUUCGGUACUUUCGUUCAAUUCUUUCUUUCUUUCUUUUCUUUCUUUCUUUCUUUCUUUCUUUCGGUUCUUUCUUUCUUUCGGUACUUUCGUUCAAUUCUUUCUUUCUUUCUUUCUUUCUUUCUUUCGGUUCUUUCUCUCUUUUGGCAAGUUCUUGCUUUACUUUCAUUAUUCCUUUUCUUUAUUUUCUUUUUUCUAUCAGUUUUAAUUUUGAUGUAUCUUCUUUUUGUCCUCAUACUUACAUCUGUAUGUUUCAUUUUACAUUUCUAUUUUUUUCUUUCCAAAAACAAAAACAUUACCGUUUCUUUCCUGAAUUUUUUAUUUAUACUAUUUCUUCCUCAUUCUGUUUUUUUUUUUUUUUUCAUUAUUUAUUGCAUUCUCCUUUUUUUUUUUUCUGUCCUGCUUCCCCUUCCUUUCUUUGUUUCUUUCUUUAUUACAUUACUUUCUUUCUUUCUUUCAUUCAUAAUUUUCUUUCUUUCUUUCUUUAUUUUUUCUAG